AUGUCUACCAAAGAGAUUUUCAAGCACUCCUCGUCGCUCCCUCCCGGCGAGAUCCGGCUGCUGUCACUGGUUCCUUCUUCGUCAACGCUCAACUUCCGCCUCAUCACAACCCCACUUUCCUCUCCGGUUCCGUACCUCGCUCUCUCUUACGUCUGGGGAACACCCAAAACAGCGUCCGACUCAUCUGCGCCAUCAAUCUCGGUAGACAACCAACCCUUCAUUGUCACCCCAAAUCUGCACUCGGCGCUCACCUCGCUUUUGACUCCUGAGCUCCAGUCCGGUUUGCCAAUAUGGGUAGAUGCGGUCUGCAUCAACCAAGUGGACAACGUCGAGAAAGAAGGCCAGAUUAAACAAAUGGGUCAGGUCUACCGCAACUCUGAAAGGGUUAUUGUCCACCUUGGCGACAGUCCCAAUCCCGACACGGCAAGAGCGGUGCAGCAGCUGAGAAGACUGGGAAAGAAGGUGUGGGAUGCUGACGCGGUCAUCCUGCGGGAGCAGGAUAUGCAGCAUUGGCCCAAUUUCGACCACCUCGAUGAUGAACCUGAGGAAAAAAGGAGGCGAACUGCGGUUAGAGACAAGAUCUUCAAAAUGAUCAAGCAAGAGAGGGGUGGAAUAACCUGGCCGCGCCCCAAGAUUCCUGUUUCGGCAGCGUUGGAUCUGUUCCAUCGGCCUUGGUUCGGCCGGGCUUGGGUUAUUCAGGAGCUUGUCAUGGCACCUGACCAUGAGCGAGGUGAUGGCGGCUGCGUGUUUGCUGUUGGGGCGGAGAGGAUCAGAUGGGAGCAUCUCUGGGCUGCGCAUCUCUUCUUGGUCUUGUGGUUCAUCUUGGAAGCAAGGUCGAUCGGAAACGCAAAGACUUAUCUCGGGAAACUGAUUGCUUUUGGCGUCUAUGUCAGAAGAAUUGGCAUGAUCCCGAGAGCCUUCAGCGCCAGGGCGGCGCAAACACUGGGUCUGAGGAAGAAGUACUUGCAAGGAGAGCUUGGCCUUCGCUUGAAGGACUUGCUUCUGCAGCUCUAUAUUGGAGAUUCCGGAGGCUUGUUAGGGUGUAGAUAUCCCCAGGACAAGGUCAAUGCAUUGAGAGGGAUGUCCAGUGAUGGAGAAAUGCUUGACAGGUUUAUGACACCAGGGGCGGAUUGGGUAGACGUCUACACUUCAUUAGCCAGGUAUUUGUACGAAGAUGGGGAUCUAGGCUUUCUUGGUCUGUGUCGGCAGCGAAAUCCCAGACUGCCUUCUUGGGUCCCGGACUGGUCGCAACAACAACGUCCCCCGUGGCUGGGCUACAGCGGCGACAAGGGAAUACCGCUCUACAAUGCCGGGGGUGACACCAGAGCUGAGGUGCUUGCUAGGGGUGAGGAUGGCCGCGUACUCGUACUCAAAGGCUACAUCGUGGACACAAUCCAAGAUGUUGGAUCUUUGUGGGUUGCUGACCUCGCCGACGAUUUCAACUGGGAGUCGGCCAAGUUGCGUAUCGAUGAUAUUGACCGGUUCCUCUCUCUCAGCGAGAAGUACACACCCCAGACGGCCAGGUGGCGUAUAAUGUCGGCCGACAAGGAACUGAACGAUGUGAUGCAUCAACGGCGAGCCACCCAGGUGUCCCAAGAAUCAUUCGCGCUGUUGGAAAGCGCAACAAAACUAUACGACCCCGGAGCUGGUUCACUUGGGGCUUGGUACCUUACAUACCGCAAUGUUCUGAUGUCACUUUAUGGAAGCCGAGCUUUUAUUUCGAAUAAAGGGUAUAUCGGGCUGUGCCCGGGCACAGCGGAUCUGGAAGACACGAUUUUCAUUCCUAGCGGGAGUCAUUGCCCUUACGCCAUCCGAAAGCAACCCGUCCCAGCCUCCGUCUCCAACGCGGAAGAAAGAUGGAUAUUGCUGGGUGAGGCAUACGUCCAUGGCAUCAUGGAUGGGGAACUUGAACUGGGAAAGCCUACAUCAGGCAUCACCGCAAGCAUGUUCUCACUGGCGUGA